UUCACCGCCAGCAGAGAGUUGUGCAUGUUACGGAUUUCACUUGUAAUCUCACCCUCUGCUGCCUCUAUAUUAACAAUGGUGUCAGUUGCAUUUGACCGUUUUCUAGCUAUAAAACUACCUUUGCAAUACUGCCGACUGAUGCUGGAUAAAAUGGUGGUGUUAAUCAUUGUGUGCCUCUGGACUGUAGCACUUUUAAUUGGGUUCCUUCCAGUGAUCAUUCAGCAGCUACAGCCUGCUGAGUAUAAUGGGAACUGCACCCUGUUCUCAAUCAUCAAUCCUAAGUAUAUUAUAAUUGUAUUUUGUUCUUGUUUUCUUCCUGCUUCAUUAAUUUUCGUCUACUUCUACAGCGUUAUCUUCAAAAUAGCAUAUUCCCACACACGUCAAAUCCUCGAAAGUGAGCGAAUAAGCACAGUCUCCAGCUCUGCUCCACCACCUCGCUGUCACAUCCGAGAUGUCAAAGCGAUCAGGACCAUAGGGAUACUUGUUGGAUGUUUUAUGGUUGCAUGGACGCCCUUCUUCAUUGCAACUACUGUGCAAGUAUGUUGCACCAAAUGCCAAUUAUACACAACCAUUGAAGACUACCUCUGGCCCCUUAGUCUGUGUAACUCUCUGAUGAAUCCGCUGAUUUAUUCCUAUUGGCAAAAAGAUGUGAGAAUGCAGGUUCUUCAGCUCUUCUGUGCUGCAAAAGCUAGGAUUUCCCCAACAUGCACCUUCACCCGCUGUCAAUGGGAAGCGAGUGAGAUCCAAAGUCCUGGUGCAGAAAGUGGAACUGAACGUGAACUACCAGUGUCCUGUCCAGCAAUUGGUGCUGUCAGUUAUUACAUAACAAGUACACUAAACGAUACAUGAGGAAGAUACCUGAUCUGGUUCAGUAACUUUGACAAAGUGAGCGAUGUGGACUCAGCAACAGAUAUCUGUGAUGUAAGGAGAGUAAUGUAUCUCAGAAACUUUUCAUCUCCUUCAGGAUAAUAUUGAAAAUUAUGCAGUGCUCCGUAAGAAGUCAUCUCUCAUUUCAAGUCACCAACACCAAAGAUUCUCAUAUGGCAAUUGUAUAUCUAUAAUAUUCUACAUCAGAAUUAUCUUCCACUUACACAAAUCAACUCAAAGGAGACAGAAACAAACAUAUUUUAAAAUAACCAGGUGACUACUCAAAUUGAUUCAUGACUUUCUUUAUCCUCAGUACUUUUGGAAGAAGUUGAAUAGGUCAAACAGUUAACAUCCUGGAGCCCAGACUGUCACUUUAAAUUAUAACUCAUUAGUUUCAAUCAGAUUUUUAUGUCAGUAACAUUAUUACUGUCACUUUGAUGGCUGGCAUGGUGGAGAACAAUGGAAGUUCUUUUAUUUAUGGAAAUUGCUGAAAGAUUUCUGCACGUCUCUGUUCCUUUCUGACAUGAAUGAAUCGCUCCUACUCUAUUGGGCAGGGAUGGAUCGGAGAAACAUCAAGACAUUCUGUUCCUCGCAUGACUUCACAGUUUUAAGUUUGUAUGGAAUAAAAUCUGUCAAGUUUGUAAGAACAGGAAGUGCUGGAGAAACUUAGCAGGUCUGGCAGCAUCUGUGGAGUCAGGAAGUCCUUUAGGAAAGGAUGCCUACUAUCAUUACCUGCUCUUGCCUACACGUAACUCCAGACUGACAGCAAAGUGGUACAUUUUUAACUGCUGUCUGGGUAGUUCGGGAGUACAAUAAAUGCUGGCUUUGCCAGUCCUGACCACAUCCCGUGAACUAAGUAUAAAAGAGUCUCAA